AGAAAUGGGGAGUGGACUAUAUCUGCAACACAUCAAGAGAAAGCAGAAGUAAUGCUGAAAAAAACCAAACUGCAAUACGCAUGUUUCUGAUGGCAUGGUAUAUGGAGACGAGAAUUGGGAGACAAUGGUGGAAGAAGCAAAAAACAACAACCCAGCUAUGCAUCUGGUUGCACCAGGCAGAGACAUUUCUCCUGAUAUACAAGCUGGUAAGGCUUGUGAUACAAAUGAAGGCAGCAGUUAAAUUGUGGACUGCUGGGCUAGAUGAACAAAGACAGCUAGCUCCCUGUGUUCUUAAAUGUUUGUAGGGUAGCAUAUGUAUAGCCCUAAUCACAGAGAAAAACCUCUGUUUCAAGAAUUAUAUUGGUGGUGUAAGAGAAAACCCAGGCCUUUUUGGAAAAUGCAGUGACCACCAAAUUCUGAUGGCCUGUAAUCUUUGAGAAAGAUGGAUAAUAGAUUUGUUAUGAGCUGCUUUUCAACUAUUCUUCACCUGCCCUUUUAGAUAGAUAGGGCCACUAACUGUGAAUGACAAAGGUCAAGUCAAACCCUAUGUUUUCGAUAGGCAGGAAGGUGAGAGAGAAGAUGCGCACCUGAGUGCUGGGUAGAGAGGAGACGAGAGGGAACACAUGAUGAAAUGGAGGAAGAGAAGGAGAACAGCCCUGUCCAGCAUUCUUCACUCUUCUGGGGCAAUCUGCAAAGAUAUAGAGGGAGGGAGAGAGAGAGAGAGAGAGAACACUUGGCUUCAUUAGAGUAGCAUAAGUAGCCUCAUGGCAGAAUUUUAGUCAUAGCCGCUAUGAAGUCAUUUCCCCCCUGGUAAAUCAAGUGGGAUUAGUGCUUUAGGCUAUGUACUCACAAAAUCUUAAAAGCAUGUUAUUUCCCUCAAAGAAUGCUGGGCACCAUAGUUUGCCCCUCACAGAGUUACUAUUCCAAGCAACCCUUAACAAAUAACAGUGCCUAAAAUUCUGUGAAGGGGGGAAAUGUGCUCUAAAUGUGUUUUAAAGUUAUUGUGUGUGUAUGCAGCCUUAGUUUGGAGUAAAUGACCUAAAGGACAGUUGCUGAGCACCAAUAUUCAGUCUUCCAACCCUUGUGUGACGAAGGGAAAGCCCCAUUGCGGAGCCUCUUGUAGCCUCUUGUAGUCAAAUACAAGUUCCAAAAGGAUGCCUGUUUCAGAAAUAUGUUGAUACAAAUCGGACCUGCAACAGGAUGCCGCUGUAUUGACCCUGCAACAAUCAGUGUGGGAACCGAGUAUGCUCAGUCCCCCUGAAUUGUUUUGCGAGGUUUCACUGCUUUAGGCUCGUGCCCCCCCCAAAAAAAUGUUUUAUAUUUCUGCAAACUUGGCUGAUACCUCCCUUUUGUAAAUGGUGGUGGUACAUAAGCACUUACAGCCAGAACAUAAGAAAUAGAGGGAGUUGCUGCCACACAAACACAAAAGCAUACAGAGCUAUUAUCUCUCAGUAUAGCUGAAAAGCUGCAGACAAGCUGCAGCCUCAAGCUGGAUCUCUUGCCUACUGUUCUGGAACUGCCAUCACUUCAACUGAGCUAGCUUUCAAUAGUAGAGAGGAAUAGAAAGGGCAAGAGAGUCCAUUUUCAAAAUGACUCUUUGCUCCUUUGAUCUACAACCCUGUGUAGUCUGGAAACAUCCAGCUCGCAUGCUUCCAAUAGAUAAGUGACUCAGGGGAAACAGCCUCACACAAUAAAACCAUUGUGAGCAUUUCAGGGGAUGUAACAUUUAGAUUUUCAGGGCUGUAUGGCUGAACUCUUAAUAGACUUCUGUUUCUUUCCAUUCCAGUUAUUUUCGUUCAUCGACAUUCCCUGUUCAAAAAUUAUGGUCACAUUAAUCUUUCUGUGAAUGGGUUGGGAGCACCUAAUUUUGUACCGGUGAACUUAAGAUGGCAGGACCCAAUCUGUGCAUAAAGUGCCAUGAAAACUCUGCUAAGUUUUCAGAAGUAGCAGUAGAAACAGUAACAACACUUUUAUUCAUCACCAUUACUCAUCUGUUGGAGGGCAAGGUUUGAGUCUAAGCAUCCUGAUGUUUCAGAAGGUAAAAUAAAGGAUUUCAAUCUCUCUCUCCCUAAGUGAAUGGGGCUGAAUUGACAGCCCAACAAGAUGUCAUUUGAGAAACCGAAGAUGCUAUGGUAGCUUAAAUCCUCUUUCAAAACAAAAGUAUUUAAUCCUGAAACACAAAUUUAUUCCUGUUCAUUUGUUAGCACUUCUAGAAUUGGUGUGAGCCCUAGCAGAAUCUAGUUGUAGAGAUAAUGACGAAAUGGUAGGCAGAGGCAGACAAGCAGAUAAACUGAUUUUACUAAAUCAGUAUGGUAAGCAAUGCAAGCAUUGUGAGAUUAAGAUAUGUAAGGCAUUCCUUUAGCCUUGUAGUAUUUUCAAGGUUAAAAAUAAUAAUGCUGUGCAUGUUAGAUGAAGACUGAAGUCCUAGACAUACUUUCUUGCCAGGAAAUCUAUUUGAAAUCAGUGGAGUUUGCUUCUGAGUAAACUUUGGCUAAGACCUGGCACACACCAUCAUAACACUUCAUACACAAAAUAGCUGCCUAAGAAUGAAAUAAAUUCCAAAGGCAUAGUUGAAAACAUUUUUUUAAAAAGUUUAGCUGCCACAUUUUUGCCUACAUUUCAAAAGUUUACCCUAUUGAAAGUUUUUUGCAGUAAAAUGCCAUCUCCUCUUGUGCCUUCUAUCUCUAAUAAACCAGACAUCUCUGCAACUCACUUUUCUUUUUGUCCGUAAGCAAAUGGGUAGCUAGAACUAUAUUACUUACCCACUUACUUUCCAGAGACAAAGAAUUACAACUAAAAUGUAAAUGGCAGCUUUAAACAGCAGGUUUCUUUUCUUCCUUUUUUACCAGCACUUAAUAAAUUCCAACUCAUAUCCAGAGUACCUGUCUAGUAUACGUCCAGAUUGCUUUUGCAAAUCUUCUGAAAUAUCCUAGAAUUAUUUGCGUAGUUGGAGUCCAGUUAUGAAUAUUUAACUCUGUAAUUUACAACCCAAUCCUAUGCAUGUUUGCUUUAAAAAACAUGCUGUUGAGUACAGUGAGAUUUGUUCCUAAGAAUGCAUGCGCAAGACUGCAAUCUUAAUCAAUAUACAAAGCAUCCUGCAGACAGGAAUAGUUAAUUCACUUUUCCACCAUGAAGCUUCUAUUCAUUAACAAACAAAGCGUUAACUUACAGCUCCCUUCAGGAAAAUGGUCCUCUCAAGUCUGCAACCUUGUUCUUGGCCUUCUUGCUUGCCUGACAAUACUUCCGAUUCUUGCUGUGUCCCAGGAAAUAGAGAAAAUCCUAUCCAGCUUUUUCUAACCAGAGUGGCGAGUCUCUAGCUGUUGUGGGUAUUGCCACACUCUCUUUUAUAUAUUCACUCCCUCAUCAAACCUGCAAGCUUCUGAACGUCAGAGAAUCAAUUACCUUCCAGUCACUCAAACAGCUGUGUUUAGCAUCUUAACUGGGCUUACUAAAAGACAAAUUUGCUUUAUUAGAUAAGCUUUGCAUUUCUUUAAAAUGGACAUUUCAAUCUGAAUGCCAGCUAGGGUGACUGUUGACAGGUCACCCAAAGAAGGAAAAAGGAGGGUGCAGAUUUGCAUAAAAAGCACAAAUUUGGAAAUAAUUACUGUACUUUAAAGAGAAAAAAACAAUGUGGUGGGAAAGACUUCAAAUUGAAGAGGACUGCCCUCUCUAAAGUAGGACACAUGGCCACCUUAAGAUCAACAAUGAGCAAGGGUUAACCAUUAAUAUUACUUCCUGUCUCUCUUGUUAAAAGAUUCAUGAAAUAUUCUUAUCUUCUCUUUAUCAGCAUUGCUAUCUUCUUAUUCAUUUUUCACAUUUAUAUACCAUCUUUCCCUCCCUGGAUCUCAAGGAGGUAUACAGAGUUCCCCCCCCCCCCCCCAAAAAAAAAAUUCUCCUCUCAACAACCCUGUGAGGUAGGUCAGAUAGUAACUGGCCCAAGGUCACCCACUGAGCUUUAUUGCUGAGUGGGAAUUUGAACCCUGGUCUCCUAGGUCAUAGUUCAACACUCAACCUGUUACACCACACUGGUUCUCCUUUAUUUAUUUACCCCCCCCCCCCGUUGCCUUUGUCGCUCCUACCUGCUGGCAUUAGCUGAGUAUUUUACACUUUGGUCCUUUGCAAACACCAGCAGCCUUACGCCAGGCAAAUAAUGCAUCUAAAGUUCCUCACUGGGGACAAACCCACAGACAAAACAAAGCUCAUGCUCAAUAGGUCAUACUUAAGAACCAGCAAGGUUUCAACACUGCCAGGCAACCCAAUCCAUGUCUUCAGGAGGUUGCAAUCAAAUGUGCUGGUUUGCACCAUGUUCAGACAGUGCCCAGCAAGCACCAUAGUAACAAAUGAGAUUGCUUACACUAUUGAGUUGCAGCAAGAUGUUCAGAUCUCCAUUCAGAUCUGAAGGAGCAUCUCCAUCCCCGUUGUUCUACCCGGACACUGAGGUCCAGCGCCAAGGGCCUUCUAGCGGUUCCCUCACUGCGAGAAGCCAAGUUACAGGGAACCAGGCAGAGGGCCUUCUUGGUAGUGGCACCUGCCCUGUGGAACGCCCUCCCACCAGAUGUCAAAGAGAACAACAACUACCAGACUUUUAGAAGACAUCUGAAGGCAGCCCUCUUUAGGGAAGCUUUUAAUGUUUGAUGCAUUACUGUAUUUUAAUAUUUUGUUGGAAGCCGCCCAGAGUGGCUGGGGAAGCCCAGCCAGAUGGGAAGGGUAUAAAUAUUAUUAUUAUUAUUAUUAAUUAUUAUUAUUAUUAUCAGACCUGCCUCAGAGCUUUUUCGGUUUAUACUAACUGCUUACAUCAACCCAAGCCAGUGCAUGGCUUAGUGUUGAUAGCAUGUGAUUCAAUCAGAAUCCAAUCAUGCCUUUCAGUGUUCGCUCUUUGUCCCAUGUUGCAGCCUAAACUCAUGUGAAUUGUUCCAUUAUACUACUAUCUGCACCUGGCUUAGCCGUUAGACCAGCCUUCCCCAACCUGGUGCUCUCCAAAUGUUUUGGGCUAGAACUCCCAUCAUCUUUGACCAUUGGCCAUGCUGGCUAGGGUUGAUGGGAAUUGUAGCCCAAAACAUCUGGAAUGCACUAGGUUGAGAGAGGCUGUUAGACCUCGGUUGCUAGAGCUACCUCAGUUUACACCACGAACAGCAUUUCACCCAGGGGGCUAAGCAGACAGCAAAACAUCAACCAGCCAGUAACAAAGAACAGAAUCCAGGAAAACACCUUGUAAUCUUCAGAUAUUGAUUUUUUCUUAGACUUGAUGCCUUCAUUCUCCUGCAUUUUUUUUUUAAAUGCUUUAAAGAGUUUUAAAAAAAAUAAAAAUCCUGUGAGCUCCUCUUGCACCUAUACACUCCAAUAAGCCAAUCUGAACAUAAAAUGCUGGUCGAUAAUACUUUGCUUCAAUCCAGAAGGCUAGCAAUAUUUUCAGCUCCUCACUUCUUAUCUCCAAGCAGCAGCUACAACGAAAUCCCCAAAUCUCUUCUCAGCUGGAGUUUCCCCCGUCUUCAGCAUUCAUUCCACAUUAUCAUCUAGUAUCCUAGCUUAUGCUAUUAAAGACUCUUAUCAUUUAUUGUGGUCCUCCUUAACAUGGGCAAAUAGAUUAAAAUGGAAAUCAUAUACUCCACAAUGUACACAUGGUUAAAAUAUAGACCUUCAUGAUUUUUACAAGAAUGAAUUAGGAUACAUCCAAAACAUUCAAUUUAUUGUAAUAGGUUUUAAUGAAGAAACUUGCAUUUGUUUUUCUUUUUAUCUUGUGAACCACUCUGAGAUCGUCAGAAAAAUGGCAGUAUAUAAAUUUAAUAUAACAACAACAAUUUCUGAAUCCUGAUUUUACCCUCUACAACCCUUUGUGCAUGGUAAUAAGAUAGGAAAUUCAUUGAAUGUUGAAUAUGUUAUUAAGGUUUGUUUGUUUGUUUGUUUGUUUGUUUGUUUGUUUUCCUAUCCUUAGGUCAUCUAACUAACUGAUUGGCCCUUUGUGUGUGUUUAUGAAAUUCUUCUGAAGACAUGAAAUUCAAUAAAUGUUGAGUGUUUAGUUUUGUUGUUUUGUUUUGUCCUAGCCUUAUGUCAUUGAGUAUCCCACUGACCACUUUCAUUGGUGAUUCCAUUCCAAUGAAGAUAAUCUGCAAAUUUUGGUGGUCAAAGCAGCCAGCCUCUGUCAGCACUAGUAAAAGUCGGGUAGUCAGAGACACACCUGAUUUCCACUUAAAUCCAAGGCUAUGGCUAUGGGAGAAUCAAGACCAGGCUUCUUCAACCUCAGCCCUCCAGAUGUUUUGAGACUACAAUUCCCAUCAUUCCUGACCACUGGUCCUGCUAGCUAGGGAUCAUGGGAGUUGUAGGCCAAAAACAUCUGGAGGGCCGAGGUUGAGGAAGCCUGAUCAAGACCCUCUUGGGGUGUUAUUGCUGUGAAACUCUCCAUCACAGAUUCAGGUUGUAUAUAUGUGUAAAUAAACCGGUAUAUCAUAAAGACACCACAGUCUCUGCUGUGCCUCAUUCCAAAGGAAACACGGACUGUGGGUAAGUGCCUGGAACCCUGGGAAUCUUGCACCGCUCAGAGACUGGGGUGGCAUGCAACAAUGUUGUUUAAGCAGCUCCUGGCUGCUUCUCCUAGCCAUUGGCACUACUGGAACUGGCCCUUUAAUGUUUUCUGUACUGCUUUUGGCCCAAACCCAUAUACUCUAUAGCUAUACCCACUCCACUGUUUGUCCUUUUCCUCAGUUUUAUCAAUCCAAUUAGUAAACAUGUGUUUUUGCACACACAAAAGGAAAUUGCAAUUAACAUUUAAAAGUUCAUCACCCACAUCCUGCCUCUUGGCGGAGGUGGGGGGAACUAUAAGUGCAGCAGAGGAUGAAAAAGUUGGAACUUUUAUUUUGAAAUGACUCUCCUAAUGGGGGGGGGAUAGCAGCAUAUGGGUUGUCAUUUCAAUAAGGUUCGUGGAACAAAGAGCUGGUCUUAAGCUGCUUUCUAGUUUGAAACAAUAUCUAAGAUUGCCUUUCUCUUGCUCAUUUCAAAGCUCAAUGGGGUCUGCUGGAAAAAAGGAAAUGCAAACAUGGUCAGCUGAAGGCAUUUUGCAAAAAACAAUUCUUGGUGUUUUGAGUGGUGUGGAGAGAGCUUGGAGUAUGGAAAGUGAAGGGAAGCAAAGUGGGUUAAAGUGAGCAUAAAAUGGCAGCUGGGGUGGAAUUGGUGCUAAUUGACACCAUUAGCUGGAUGGAACAGGUCUAGGAUAUUACUAGGCUUAAUCACAACCAUCCUAGACUUCAGCUUGCUGUGAAUUCACUGAUCCUCAAAUACUCUCCCACAUAUAAACUAUUUGAACACAUAUCUUAGUAUGCUACACUUGCAUGGUGUUUUUAAGAGUGAAUGAUACCAAUUCAGGAUAAAAUGUCUAGUAUGGAAGCAGAUCGGAUUAGUCUGAGUGAGGAUGACACACUCAACUCUUACUCAGUACAGUGGUACCUCGGGUUAAAAACUUAAUUUAUUCCGGAGGUCUGUUCUUAACCUGAAACUGUUCUUAACCUGAAGCACCACUUUAGCUAAUGGGGCCUCCUGCUGCUGCCACGCCGCCAGAGCCCGAUUUCUGUUCUUAUCCUGAAGCAAAGUUCUUAACCUGAAGCACUAUUUCUGGGUUAGCGGAGUGUGUAACCUGAAGCAUAUGCAACCUAAGGUACCACUGUACUAUAAUAUUUUGCAUUUUAUUUAGUAGGGUAGUUAAAUUGUUGUUUUGAAUCUUGUCACCUGCCACACAUCUCUUUCCUGGCAUGGAUUGGAAAUAUAAAUGAACGAAACCAGCAAAGGUUUAUAGUACUUUAAACACUAACAAAGUGAUUUCAGCAUAAGCUUUCAUGGACCAGAGACCACUUUCUCAAAUGAAGGCAGGGAAACCCCAGUGAGCAUUUUCUGAAAUCUUAAGACCACCACUACUCACCAGCAGAUGUCACUGUUUAACAGUUUGUUGGUAUUCCACUUGUAUCACUAUUAUUUUACAUUUUGCCAAUAUGUGGCUGAGACAAAUGUUGUCACCUUGUUUUUUAGCAAUAUUUCAAAGUGGCUGUGGGAUAGCUGGACCUUCCCAGGAAUUUGCAUUAGGCACCACAUAGCACCAGCGGCAGACUUCAAUCCCUGAUGCCGCCAGCCUCUUCCCUUUGGCAUCCUGUUUCUCCCAGCUGCUCACGGAGAAGUCCUUUUGCAGCAAGGUGAUGCCAAGUAAUGCUUGCUGCCUCUCUCCCAAACGAUUUUCAAAAUGGCCCGGUGCACUUCUUGCUAGCUUCCACCACCAUUAACAUAUUGCAAUACGACAUAUAUAUAUAUGGGGAAGUGCUCGCACAUGGUCUAUACGCCACCCUGCCUGCUUGUGCAUUGACGCAGCUGUGAUAAAUCUCGAAUCUGUGAUAAAUCUGUAUAGGGGCAUGUCGCAGGUACAAAAGCAUCACCUAAAAAAUAUAGAAAAUGGCUGGUUCCUGACUUGAUUUCAAGGUCAGCUUUGCAGGGGCGCAUCCCGCUUUGCUACGUGGGUCGGUUCCUGUUUCCAGGACAAGUGGUUCCCCACCCUUCCCCAAUCUUUGCACUUCUAGGUUCGCUAACUGAUCGGUUUGUAGAUUUAAAACAUUUGCACAUCGCUAGAUAUAGAUUUCGGGCCAGUGCACCCCCAGGGCAAAGGCAACCUCUGCCCAUAAGGUUUGACGGCUAAACAGCUUCAGGUCAAGGGAAAGCAUCAGGCGCUGCAGUUCCCGAAAGUUGCACUCUGCACCAGCUCAGAAGCUCUUGGCCUAAGGAGCUAGCAUUUUCCCAGUCGAGAAGCGAGCCUGAACCGUGGGACGGGAGGCGCGGCCUCCUUGGCAACGCCUCGCUGGCGGCGGUUGCUAGGGUCGCUGGAACAGGAAGCGCUUCCUAGCGAGAUCAGAAGCACUUCCGGGGGCUGAGGCUCGGCUGCAGGUAAGGGAUACGCUUUGGUGGGGCAGAAAGAGUAGGGCGAGGCGCCUUAGGGGGCGCCUAGGAGAGCUUUGUGCGGGAAUAGGGGGCGGGGGGGGGAGGUUUCCAGCUCCACGCCUGCGGUGAAAGCGGGUGGGGGAGAAAAGAAAAGCUCUUCUGUUUUUAGGCGAUGCAUGCAACUCGGUGCAAACCGGACACCAAAACUACGUUUGCAUUAAAUCGCCCUCAGGUGUCAUAGAAUGGUAGAGUUGGAGGAACCCUGAGGAUCAUCUAGUUAGCGCAACCCUCUGCAAUGCAGGAAAUUGCAGUUGUCCCAUAGGAUCGAACCUGCACCCUUGGCGUUAUCAGACUACGCUCUAACCCACUGAGCUAUAUUAUUAUUAUUAUUAUUAUUAUUAAUAAUAAUAAUAAUUUAUUGCUCUAACCCACUGAGCUAUGUUGUUGUUGUUGUUUGUUUGUUUAUUUCCAUCCCUACCUCUUUCUCUUUCCUAACUGCCUUUAAAGUGUCGCUUUCCUUGUCCACAGAAUAGCUAGCAAUUAGUUUGGUUCUUUCACAGAGGCUGAAAGAGGGGAAGUAGGUCAUGAUAUGUUAUUUUAUUGGUUCAGCGUUCUUGCUUGCUUUCUUUUUAAAAGUGUACCCUCUGGAAAUGGGGAGUGGGUUUAGGACAGUGGAAGCAAACGUGCUGUUGCACCAGGAGGCACAAGCAAGGCAUCAAAAAUAUUUCCCUUGGAGCCUUUCAUGGGAUCAGUGGGAGCGUUUUCCAAAAUGGGGUUUUCAACUUGACAGCUCUGAUAGCAAACAAAUGUAGCGUUUGAAGUUGGUGGGAAGGAAGUCACACAGAUUUUCCUACUCAGACGUUAAAACCAUCCUUCUAGCUUAACUUGAAAUGAAACUAUCCUGCUAGCAGAGAAACAUGCACAGGAACAUAAGAGGUCCUGUCUUAUACCAGGUCAGGCUUUUUGCUCAUCGUGCCCAGUAUAUUCUACUCCCGACUGGCGGCAGCUUCCCAGAUUGAUUGUAUUUCUGUGCCACUUUUCAUUCAAAUGAAUCUCAAAGCCACUUACAAACAAUAAAUAUCAAUUAAUAAAUAAUGGUUGUUCUUUUCGUUGCAAAAGCAGAACGGAAAUUGUUGAAGGUGGACUUGUGGACUUGUGCAAUGGCUGCUGAGCUGGACUUCUCACCCCCUGAAAUCCCAGAGCCUACGUUCAUGGAGAACAUCCUGCACUAUGGCCUCUUCUUUGGUGCCAUUUUCCAACUCAUCUGCGUACUGGCCAUUAUCCUUCCCAUUCCAAAGACACACAAAAUGGUAAGGCGUUCUUAUCUGCAGAGCGAAAAAGUGAAAUUGUUCAUUCCGCAGCCUGGUAAUUUAAAAAGGAUAUUGACAAACUGGAAGGUGUCCAGAGGAGGGGGGUGACCAAGAUGGUGAGGUCUCUGGAGGUCACGUCAUAUGCAGAAAGGUUGAAGGAGUUGGGUGUGUUUAAAAUAAUAAUAAAUAAUAAUAAUAAUUUUAUUAUUUAUACCCCGCCCAUCUGGCUGGGCAUCCCCAGCCAUAUUCCAAAAAAAUAUUAAAAUACUGUAAUACAUCAAACAUUAAAAGCUUCCCUAAACAGGGCUGCCUUCAAAUGUCUUCUAAAAGUCUGGUAGUUGUUGUUCUCUUUGACAUCUGGUCAAAGGUCAUCUUUGACAUCUGGUCAAAGGCGAUUGGAAAGCCAUCUUCAGAUAUUUGAAAGGGUAUUGCACAAGAUGGUAGAGCAAAUAUGUUUUUAUGUUGCUGCAGAGGAGAUCACAAAAAAACUUAAAAUUACAAGAUCCAGGAUUUCGGCUUAGCACUAAGAAAACCUUCCUGAUGGCGUGAGACUACCUUGGAAGAUAUUUUUUUUAAGCAGAGGAUGGAGGUCUACCUAUUGAGGAUGCUAUAGCAACAUAUUUUCUUCACCAGCAAGGAGUAGGACAAAUGGCCUUUGAGAUCCCCUCCUGUUCUUUGUCCAUCCAGUCUCUGAUUAAAAAUAUCUGAUUAAGGAUUGUCAGUACCUUCUGAGGCUCAUUGUCUCACUGUCAAGCAGCUCAAAUCAGACUAGCAUUUAGUUUAAAUUCAGUUUCCUUUUCAUUUGAAGACAUUGGUUCUGUUCCCACCCUCUGAAGCAAUAGAAAACGAAUUUUCUCCAUCAAAUUUGUGACAUCCCUUCGAAUAGUUGAAAAUGGCUACUUUUUGCCUCUUGUCUUUUCUUUAGGUUUUUUAAAAAAGAUUUUAAAAGGUUAUUGAAAGACUAGUUUGAUCUAACAAUAAUAAGGCUCACAAGGUUUAUGGUUAGAUUGGAGAUUAAUACAAAUUCCUGGCUGAGUUGGUUGAUGCUUACCCAAUGCACAGCUGGUGUUGAUGGUAUUCUGGAGUGUUAUUAUUAUUUACUAAAUUUCUAUGCUGUACUUUCUUCCAAAGGAUCCCAGGGCAGCAAGCAGCAAAGUAAUAAAACAGUACAAUUAAAUUUUUUUUAAAGGUUUAAAACAUUAAGACCAUCUAAAAACAUUUAAAAACAAAACAUACCCUCACAUCUGAUAAUUUCAAGGUUACCAGGAACAGUAUCUUUCAGCCACCAAAUGCCUAGGUAAAUAGGAACAUUUUAAAAUUCCUCCUGAAUGUUAAUAUGGGAGAGAGACACACCUCACCAGGGAAGGAAUUCUACAAACGGGGAACCACCACCAAGAAGGCUCUAUUGUGGGUAAGUGCUAGCUGGGCAAUAUCCAGCAGCAGCAGCAGCUCCAACAGGUGCCCUGUGAUUGUUUCAGAAGUGACUACUUGAUCAUUCUCUGAUCUACUCAAUAGAUAAAACUGCAAAUGGAAGAUUCUGGCUUUGAAUAUAGUUAUUCUAACCAGCCUGGACUUAAUUUUGCGGGCCUGGUGACGCUUACAGCUGCAUCUGUAACCAUUGGCAACCUUUGCCCAAAACAGAAGUUUAUGCCUCUUUUUCCAGUCUGCUGAUGGUCAUCCUUUUCCCUGGUGUCCCUUUGACAUGACUCAUCUUUUCUGCCUUUCAUCUGGUGUUUCAUAAAUGUAGAUAUAGUAUUACUUUGGGGGAGGGGGGGGUAAUAUGUCAGAAAACCAGCUGUGGACCAUAUGUGUGGCAGCAUUUGGACUGUUUUUGGGGGGAGGGCUUGGAUGGGAACUGUUUCAUCUUCUGUAGGUAGCCUAAAAAUAAACUUUCCAGUACUUAACAGAUGCAUCAGCCCACAUUUUUCCUGUCUUUGGCCUAGAGAGCUUUCCUCACAGCAAAUCAACAUAUAAAAUGGCAAGAGAAGUGUCUACAAAGUGAUUGAAAUAUGUGCCCCGAGCCCCACAGCUUUUACACAGGAAUCACCUCUUUUUCCCCAUCAUCCAGCCCUGCCCCAUGCACACCCAAAUGAUGCACCUGCAGUUUAGCUACAUGUAUAUAUUGCUGCAUCAGCAGAACACCUGACUGAUUCAUACAUGCUCCUGUAGGUCUGCAUCACAAAAUGUUCAGGAGCUGGGAGAAAUUUGUGGGUUGACCUGAAAGGAUUCAGCAGUUUUUUUCCUAUACUAUACAUUUUAGGAUGAAAAAGGACACUUUUGCCAUCAAGCAUUCUAACUAAUCUCUAAAACUGUGCAGGCUGGAAUGAUUUGAGAACAAAAGCUGGAAUUCUUGGAGCAUCUAACAGAGCUAAUGUGGUGCACAAGCCUUGAGGAUCACCAGCUUUUACAUCCUCUAGAUGCAGUGGGUAGCUGAGCUGGUUAGAGCGUAGUGCUGAUAACGCCAAGGUUGCAGGUUUGAUCCCUGUAUGGGCCAGCUGCAUAUUGAUGAUUACCCAGUACCUCAGGACAGUUCUAUGAUUCCAACUCUGCAGUUCUAUGAUUCUAGAUCAGAUAAAAUGGACCAUCGUGUUCAGUAUUCUGUACUGGACAGUGAUCAGAAACAUGAGAGUGAUGGUCCCCAUUGCCUUUAAAGUAUAGUGUCACAACAGUCAUUAUCUCCAGUAUCAGAGGCAGUACACUUUUGAAUAGAGGCAGAGGCAGUACACAUUUUCUGGGGAACAUGAGUGGGUGCUGUUGUGCUAAUGGCCAGGUGGUGGGCUUCCCAUUGGCCUCUGGCUAGCCACUAUGGAGCCAAAUGUUGAUCUACAGCCCUUUGGUCUGAUUCAGCAGGGCUUUUCCUGUGCUCUUUGUGCUUCUUAUAUGGCUUAUGUGGGGGACUCUCAUGUUCUGUCCUGCUUUUGUGGGAGGAAACUCUUCACUUUGGAGAGCUUAGAAGUUCACAUUCUGCAAAAUCUCAGCACCGCCUGAUGACUGACACAUGCAUUGAACAUCUUUGUAAAGCUGAAGGUGGGUUCCUUUGGGAGGAAAGGCAACGUAUAAAUUUAAUAAAGAAAAAGAAAGAUUGAUAAAGCGCAUUCAUUAUAGACCAGGAUUGGCUAUGGUUCCUUGUUGAGAGUUUGCCAUGUGUUUGUUGGAACUAAACCCUACUUUGUUCAAUGGGGUGCAGUCUUAGGAGUAGUGCCCAGAGCAUUGCAUGUGCUGAAUGGGUUUUCCUAAUUAUUUCCAAAAAUUGGUAUUACUGCGCAAUUGUUUUCAAUGCGUUCCCUAAGUAUGGUUAGUAAAUUAUUUAAUAAAUGAGUUUUACCUCCCUAAAAUGGCUGGAGAAUUGAAUAAUUGGAGCACUUGAAUGAGGGCUGUAUUGCAGUGUACAUUAUGGCGGAACCAGACAUAGAACCCUCUGCAAUACACUGUUGUAUUUAUUUCUGAUUCAAAUUAUAUUGAUUCUGAACAAUAAGCUAAUAGGCAGGCCUGGAUGUUCCUUAUUUAGGACACCAACUCUGCCUGCUCCAGUCUGUUUCCUAUUGCAGGCAACCUCCAUACAUGUAGGGGAAUCAGCUUUUGAAAAGACUCUUUGGAUUGAAGAUUAGAAGGCAGCAGUCAUCUUCUUGCAGCUGCAAUGAACUCGGAGUCCCUGAAUAAUAAAUGCUUCCUUCCCCAUUUCCCUAGAGUGUUGAACUCUUUUGGCCAGCUUCCUGUGGGUGAAUCACAUCCCUUAGGAAGCAAGCCAAGUCUCCCUUCUUGGAAUGCCUCAUGAGUGUGAAUUGCAAUAGCUCUGUAACUUGAGAAAGAUUCAAGCCAAGCUCAUUGAUGAUAAAGAUACUAUCAAGCUGUUCUCCUCCCCCUGUCUUGUUUGGACCACUUUCUUAGAAACUGGAAGCUACCACAGAUCUCUCUGCCAUUUUUCUAUGGCCUUUCCCAGUUGGCACACAUGGAUUUUGAGACACUCUAGAAGCCUAAAACAUAUUUAAACCAAAGCUUGGUUAAUGAGGGGAAGCAGUCUGUGUGUGGUUUCUUCCAGGAGCCUGGCUCUGUUCCCAUGCAUUUGUGAGAUUCUUCUCUAUUCUUUAUUCUUCUUUUCUUAACAAGAGGAUGAUAUGUUGGUUCCCAUAGCAGAAAUGUUUUCUGCAAUCGUCUCUCCCAGUCAACAGCAAGACAGUUGAUCAAUGGGUGAAAUGUGUUGUUAACAAAUUUUCCAGUUCUUUAUUUUAAUUUGAGAUGAAUAAAUCUGAAAUUACUCUCUACAGUUGCCUAUCCAGUUUAAAUGUUCAUUUGCAUCUAUUUGCUUUGGUGACCUGAAUAGCCAGGUUUUGUUUUUUCUAUUAAAGAUUUGAAAUUCCUACGCAUUGAAACUUACAGAAUUGAGCAGUCCUAAGGACGGACAUCUGUGCUCACUUACCAUGCUAAAGAACUUGCCAAGCCCAAAUCUACAUGUUUUAUUGCCCUCUGUAUGUACAGUAUAUACAGGAAUGAUCCUUUUAUACAUAAACAACAUGGAGUCCAGCAGCACCUUAAAUAUGAACAUACUUAUAAUAGCAUGAGUGUUUGUGGACUAGAGUCCAGUUUUUGCUACAAUAAACUAACACAGCUGUCCCUCCUGUAUUUAUCACAGAAAGCCCUUUAGGCAUGUGCCGUUAAGCUGGUAUUGACAAAAUAGCAAAGAAAAGAUACUUUGGAGUAUUACAGGCAUGUGCAAAAAAACAAAAUCCACCUAGCUGAGAUACUGCUUUUAACCAGAGAUUGCCUGCUACCAGUCCUCCUUUUUUCCAUAGCUUUUGCCUCCCUGCACCCCAUCUCCAUACGUGUGUGUGUGUGUGUGUUUCUAUGUGUUUCUGUCUGUCUCUCUGGGGCAGCAUCCAUUUCCAUCCUUUUGCGGCACCUCCUUCUCCAGUUCCCUCAAAAUCCAUAGUGCUAGCAUGGUCUUUAUUUUCUCUUUUUCUGCAUCCUUGGCUGGCUGCUCUCAGUUCACCCUUCCCAGCUCUUUCUUUUCCUACUCACUCAGCUUAAAGAGCUUAGGAGCAAGCAUUCCUAUUCUGAAAAUAAAGGUGUGUUUUUUUCCAUACACAGCUCUAUUUAGUAAUGCUUGUUAGAUAUUUAGUAAUGCUUGUUAGAUAUUUCUGUUGCCUCGUGUCCCACCAUGACAGCCAUGGGAUAUACCAAUAAAUAACACAAGAGGGGCUCAUAACGCUUUUAGUGUGCUGUCACCCUAUGAACAAAAUCUCUGUUGACUUUAUUUCCCUUAACAAACUUUUAACAGGACACCGAAAACUAUGAGAUAAAAACUUCAGACGUGGUAAAGAAACCCAAAGCUGCCACAGCAUCGUUGAGCAAGAAACCCAAGAAAGAAACCAAGAAGAAGCGGUAAAACAGCUUAAUGAUGAAACUUUCAAGACAGGGUUACUAUAGACCAUUGAGCUUUCUUCAAGACUACAUUGACGAAGUACAACUUAAAUGUAACACAGUUUUGGGAAAGCUAUGCAUAUUCUUGUUUCUGGUCAAGAGGAAGUAUUUCCUAAAAUGGCUUGAAGAGUAUUGUUUCAUCUGAUCUGUUGUAAAUACAUGUAUGGUUUACUGGAGAUACCUACGUAGCAUGGAAGAUCUUAGCAAUUACUGGGGCCUGGAGGGAGCAGUUCAUCUCUUUUGUGAUGCUCAAGAUGCGAAAUGCAGGUCCCAUGAAAUGGGUUUUGGCCCCACAAAAUGCAUUUCUCCAUACUUCAAAAAGACAGAGGGAUCAUUCACUACCCCUCAUUUUGUGUGUCAUUGAUGAAAGGGAUCAGCUCCUACAGCUUCUUAUUUUGUAUGCCAUUGAUGUGCUUAAUAUACCUGAUUUUAUAUCCGAA